CACCGCAGCGCCACCAAACAACUGCGGCGAUAAACAAAUGCAACACAUUCGGUGGAGAGAAGGGUCGUUUUUAAUGUGUUGAGUUAACUAUAAGGAGAAAGACAUGACUGAGUUAAGGAUGAGAGGAAGAGGAGCGUAUCCCGACAGCGUUAGUGGAAACAAGGAGGCAGCUGGAGAGGACAGAUUGGGUCUGGCUGGAGGAGAGGGAGAUGGAGACCGAGAGUCUAACGCAGGCACUCCAGAAGUUCCUCCCUCCACAGUAGACAACACUCCACAGUUCCUCAACAAGGCUGUGGAGGGCCUCAACCCCAGAUGGAAGAACUGGUGGAUCCGAGGGGUUCUGUCUCUGGCCAUGAUUUCAGGAUUCUUUAUGGUCAUCUACCUGGGACCCAUCAUGCUGAUAUUAGUGGUGAUGACCAUCCAGAUCAAGUGUUUUCAGGAGAUCAUAGAUAUCGGCUACAGAGUCUACCAUUCCUACGAGCUGCCCUGGUUCAGGACACUCAGCUGGUACUUCCUGAUUUGUGUGAACUACUUCUUCUACGGUGAGACGUUGGCGGAGUACUUUGGUGCGUUGGUUCAGAGAGAGGAUUCACUCCAGUUCCUGGUCCGAUACCACCGCUUCAUCUCCUUCACUCUCUACCUGGCAGGUUUCUGCAUGUUUGUUCUGAGUCUAGUGAAGAAACAUUACCGUCUGCAGUUUUAUAUGUUUGCGUGGACCCAUGUAACCCUCCUGAUCGUGGUUACACAGUCUCACCUAGUCAUUCAGAACCUGUUUGAAGGAAUGAUCUGGUUCAUCGUCCCCAUCUCCAUAGUGAUAUGCAAUGACAUCAUGGCCUACCUGUUUGGUUUCUUCUUUGGCAGAACGCCACUCAUUAAGCUGUCUCCUAAGAAGACGUGGGAGGGGUUUAUAGGAGGCUUCUUCGGGACCCUGGUCUGUGGCUUCGUACUGGCCUACCUGCUAGCUCAGUUCCAGUACUUUGUAUGUCCUGUGGAGUACAACAGCGAGACCAACCGUUUCACCGCGGACUGUGAACCCUCUGACAUCUUUGUGAUGCAACAGUACACAUUUCCCUUCGCUGUCCAGAACAUCCUCACAUGGAAAACGGUGAACCUGUACCCGUAUCAGAUCCACAGUGUGGUGCUCUCCACCUUCGCCUCUCUGAUUGGUCCCUUUGGAGGAUUCUUCGCCAGCGGCUUCAAGCGAGCGUUCCAGAUCAAAGACUUUGCAGACACCAUCCCUGGUCACGGGGGCAUCAUGGAUCGCUUCGACUGUCAGUAUCUGAUGGCUACAUUCACUCACGUUUACAUAGCCAGCUUCAUCAGGGGUCCCAACCCCAGCAAGGUGUUACAGCAGCUGUUGGUCCUGCAGCCAGAGCAGCAGCUCAGUAUCUUCAACGCCAUGAGAGACCGCCUGAGAGACAGGGGAAUACUGCCCCCUGCUGCCAUGUAGUACACACACACACACAGAGAGAGAGAGUGUGUGCGAGAGAAAUUGUAUUUUGGCUGCUUGUGUGUUACUAGAUUUACACAUCUAGUUUUUCUGGAUCUAUGUCAAGUAAUGCGAGAGGGAAAAAAAUGGCACAGCAGCCAUUUUGGGACGGGGUGUAGAUGAGCACACACAGGGCAAUCAUCUUUUUUGGGUGAUUUCUACCUUUCUUCCAGAAACUUCUGCUCAGCGACUGUUUUUGUUUUUCUUGUUCUUUUAACCAGUCCUCAUUACUGUGAACUAAGGUGUUGCUCCCAGCAACAAGAAGUUAGCUUUUACAAAUAACAACAAUACCUUCGCGACUUUACAUGUACCACUGGGACCUGCACGAGCACCUGCACCAACAAACUACAGUAAGCCAAUGUAAUGCUACCAUGCUAACUAGCGGCAGCAACAUUUUAAAGACUAGAGGCUGCGUUGCUCUGAAGAAACAACAUCGAUCCUAGUUAAGAACGCAUAUGGUUUGUAUCAUAGCGUACUGUAGGGGACAGUAACUGGCGGUCACCCUGUGGAUGGAUGGAGAUUAUUACAGUGAUUUUAUCCGAACUGAAGGAAGACACAGCGCAAAUCUUACAGAACCAGGAUACUAGCUUAACCUGGGUUGGUGUUGGCUUGGAGCAACAGCAGGGUCUUAUUCACUAGACACCAAACUGAAGAAAACGGACCGGAACAAGGAGGUACUGACCUGAAUUUGUCCAAUUAGAAACGUCUGUUUUCUGUUGCAUAAUGUUUUGCUAACGUGUGCACUAAUUAACGUUUUUGGGCGCUGCCCUAAUAUGUUGAAGAUACUAAAACACACUUGACUUGGGCAUGGUGUUUAUUUAAUAAUAGUAUGUAUCUGUCUAUAUCAGAGAUGAUGGUCUUCACGUCAACAUGACGUAUACGACAAUAAUACGAUCUAAAACGUUUAAGCACGUUCCUAAAUCCUAUCGUUAAUUUACAACUGAAAUAAGCUGUUUUUCUUCUGAAGUAGUUUUAGUUUCUAGAUUGACCUACUGUUAGGUAUUGGAACUAAGCUGUUUUUCUUCUGAAGUAGUUUUAGUUUCUAGAUUGACCUACUGUUAGGUAUUGGAACUUCACCUCACGCUAUAAUACACACUACCAUUCCAAAGUUUUUCUUUAUAUUUACUAUUUUCUACAUUGUAGAAUAAUAAUGAAGACAUCAAAACUAUGGAAUAACACAGUAAUCAAAAAUGUGUUAAACAAAU